ACCUCCUCCUCCUCCACCGAUGAAUUGUCCCCAAAGCUGCGGCAGCAGCAGUUGUUGUUUUAGUAGUGUUGCCUGGUCCACUGCCACAUCGAAGUCUACUAUAUAUGCCGGCUUCCUGCACUCGGUGGUGAAUCUGGAAGUCUGUGAAAUCAUCAUACUGGCUCCACCAUCGUCGUCAUCGCUGCAUUAGCGUUUUUUUUUUUUAAUAUUUGAUUUUCGCGUUGGUUUUUGGGUUCGAUGGGUCUCGGCACUGGUUUCAGUAGUAGUUUGGUUGCUGCUGCGAGGGUCCGGAGGGUUUUCGUGAGGCCAUCGAGGAGGAAGGGUUAUCGUUCUCAUUUGUAGUCUGGGGGAGAGCGGUGUGGAAAGUGGUUGACUUGAAAGUUGAUGACGGACUGAUAGGGACAUGGAAACAGUCCUGAGACCGUGCGCGGAAGGAUCGCAGUUGCAGUUUUAUGUGUCGGGCGGUUCUGGGUAGAGUGUGGCGACGUGCUUGCACUGCUGUGCUAUUUGUUUUUUGUUUUUGCGUUCGAAUGUGUUCCGUUCAUGUUGGAGGAUAUCACGCUACUUGCUGAAAGAGGCCCGAACGAGAGCCGAUGGAGAUCCCUUACGGUUGGAUUUCGACGAUUCAGAUAUCAAUGGGGCGUGCAUAAACUUCGAUUGUGUUGAGAACUUUAUAACACAUUUUGUUCCCUCUCGAAUAGAAUGGGGAAUUGUGUGGGAAGACCUGAUGACUACGUUCUUCACCACGGACGGAGCAAAUGGAUCGUGAAGUAUGGCCAGCAAGUUGUGAGAGGUUUGCUGGACUGCGAGAAAAGUAAUCUGAUGGCCUUUAACAUAAAAUAUGCUGCAACCGACACCGCUUUGUCCUGCCAUAGGAAUCUGUACCGCAGUUGCUUUGAUCCUUGUUUUCCGCUGCCGUCGGACUAUAAACUGAUUGACCCCAAGAUUGUUGAGGAACUUGGGGUUGAAAGAAAACCACCAAAAGCAGCGUUGGCAACGCCUGGUGUUCCGAAACCGCCUAAUGGCGGCAAGAGGAUGAGAAGAGAGGCAGAAAAAUCCGGAACUAAACAGGUAAUUUCUGCCAAAGAGAUAGCUUCGUGGAAGUCGAAGACUGUUGCAAGUACUGCUGCUGAUCUCGAUGUGUACGUGGUGACGUGGAAUAUGAAUAGCAAGGUUCCUAGUAACUUCUCCGAUCUCUUUGAUUUAUCUGGAGACGGCCACGAUUUCUUCGUUGUUGGUCUUCAGGAAGCACCGAUGUUUGAUGCCAAAACUUCCAUUUCUGAGAUUUUGGGAGCGAAGUACUGCUUGGUUGAGUCGUCUGUUUUAAUGUCCCUUCAGCUCUUCAUUUUCGCCAAAAGGUCUAUUAAGCCAUUUAUUUCAGGGGUAAAGGUGGAUAAAGUUUGGGAGAAGGGUCUUGGUGGCAUUGUGGGUAAACUGAAAGGAGCAGCUGCAGUGCGACUUCAGUUUGGGGACAAGUCAUUACUCUUUAUUACUUCUCAUCUAGCUGCUCAUGAAUCCAAUUUGAAAACUCGCAAUGCCCAAUGUGCACGCAUACAUCAAAGCAUGUUUGCAAGGUCAACAUCAGUAUACUCCUGUUUUCAACCUGGAACGAAUACAGAGGACUUAAGCUGUCGAGUUAGAGGUUUGCCAUCUAACGUUGUGGAAGAGUCCGAUGUGGUAAUUUGGCUCGGUGAUUUGAAUUACCGUGUGGAGCUACCUCGAAGUGUAGUUCAAGCCUCGAUCAAGCAUAAUAAGCUGCAAGAGUUGUGGCCCAAAGACCAGUUAUCUGUAGCACUGUCCAAGAAUCAAGCCUUUAAAGGGUUUCGUGAAGGUCCGUUGCUUUUCGCGCCAACGUUCAAGUAUGAUGUUGGAACAGACAUGUAUGAUACAAGCCCCAAGGAAAGGGUACCUUCUUGGACUGAUAGAAUCCUUUACAAAACCAGCACUGUCAAGGCCGAGCUGCGCAGUUAUGAUGCAAUCGGCUCCCUGAAGACUUCCGACCAUCGCCCUGUCAAAGCCCAUCUUACAUUUAAGAACCUGUUGUGAUCCAGCUACAUUUUAACCUUCUUACAUCGAAUUUCGUCCAUGGCCAUCGUAUUCUUAUUUUAUUUUUAUUUUCCCUUUUACCCUUAUUGUCACAAUCGAAGCCAGCAGUGGAGCUGGUUUGUUGGUGAUGGAACCGAUUCACUGCAUUCUAAGAGAUUACUGUGAAUGUAAAUAGACUGUGUUUAGCACGGCUCUUACGCAGAGAGAUCAAAGAGCUAUCUCAAGUAUGAUCACCAUGACCUUUUGUCCCUAGCAGUCAUUAGUUUGUUGUACUGAUCAAUUGAUCAGUUGGGACACUUUGUUAUAGCCAGUGUAUGGAAUUUAGUUAUUUACCUACCGGGACAUCAUGGUGUGUAACAAUGGAUUGAAUACUUAUAUUAAUGUAUAAAGAAGUUCUAAUUGAGUGGAUUUGGGAAGCUA